AUGCGAUCGUCCCUUCCGCUUCCCAAUCUGCAGUCUGGCCAGGCAACCCGCCUAUCCCCAAAUUUGCAUACCACUUCCACCCUGGAAUACACCUGCAUCAAACGCCUCCCCACGUCGCUUCCUCUUCAUGCCCACAUCCCAACCCUUCUGCCGCCUCUCUCAAACAGCCGUCCUCGCGGCUCCAGCCUUCACUCCCCUCCGCCACUCCUCAGCUAUGGCGCCCGCAUUCAUCGCCGCUCCGUUCCACGCCCCUCUGUACCGCCCUUCGCGACUAAUCCGCCAACAUCGCCGCCCCCUUAUUGCCUCCCCAGGUCGCCGCCCUCCCCUGCGCGCAAAUCUGCCCGCGUUCGACCACGCGCAGCCCUCUGUCGACCAUCUUUCCGACUUCCGCCCGCUCGUCAACCCGAGCCUCCCCCUUCUGGAAGAGGACCCAUCCGCGGCCGCUUUCGAUCCCUCCUACGCCGGCGGCGCCGGCUCCGCCUCUGGAAUCGGCGGCAAUUCUGGCGGCGGUGGCCCCGGCGGCAGUGGCAGCGGCGGCUCGGGCGAAUCAGCCGAUGACGAGCAGCUCUCCGCCCUGCUCUCCGACCAGAACGCCGCCCUCGCAGACAUCCCCGCAGACAUCCUCGCCGCGUAUCGCAACGGCUAUGUAGGCCUGGACGCAAUUGCUAACUACUUCUCGGCCAACGCCAACUGGCUCAGCAGCAUUCUCAUGCGCUGCGGCUCCGGCAUGCGCAACCGCUUUCUCGCGGAUAAGUUGUUUCUGCUCAAGAUCUGUAUCGAAGAAGGCAUCGGUGUCUUCGGCAAGCUCAGCGCCGAGUACGAGCAGCGUCGCGAGAUGUUCUGGAGGCAGGGCGAGUUUGUCUUCGCAAACUUGAUCACCGCCAUCCUAGCAGACUUUGCCCUCGUCUAUCUUCCAGCACCUUCCGUUGCGCUCAAGCGUGCUUCGGGAACUGGAUUUGGUGGGUGGUUGGCAAACCUGUCUACCACUUUGCCUAGCAAUAUUUUCCAGACCGAUCGUCCGUUCACUAUGUCCCAACGGGCAGGUGGUUUUGCGCUCAAGGCUUCUCAGCUUUUCGCUGUCGGCAUGCUUUGUUGUUUCACGGGUGUAAUUGUUACCAACACUCUCAUCUUCAUUCGCGAGAGGCUUGACAAGACUUACAAGCCCAAGACCCAGAAGCAAAAUCCAUUGCUCGUGUCCUUGCUGUAUGCUACGUUUUUGGGCGCCUCGUCGGGCAGCCGUUAUCAGUUAGUCAAUGGCAUUGAAAGCCACAUCUUCCCUCGCAUCUUUGCAAAAACACCCAGAUUGCUCGAAGAAGCUUCCACGUUUGUGCUAAGGUAUGGAAAUACCUUCUGGGGAUCGCAACAAUGGGUUAUGUUCUGUCGCUUUACAAAGGUCCAGAAAUCCAAGGAGUAAAUUAGAUGCUCCCGUGCUUCUCACUUA